AACAGGCUCAACAGAAUCAAACUUUACCAUCUUACUUAAAAAUUAACAAUAUGAUAUGUCAGUGGUGUUACAAUGGAAUAGUUCUUCAACCUUCAGCUGUGAUAAAAGAUAAUGCUCAAUCUGCAGGUAUUGAAGAAUAUUCUGAUGCAGUGGUUGAUACUUAG